AUGGAGGACAGUAGCGAAGGUUUGCGAUUGAUGGUACCUUCGGAGAGGACCACUGAUGCAAGGACUCAUAAUCUUCCUACCAGCAAAGAGGUUGCUGCUCUAAUUCCCGGAGACUUUACGGCUGGUGUAAAUAAACGUGACAUUGUUAUAGAAAGUUGUUCGGGAAAUUUACAGCGAAUAAGUGAACUUUAUCCCGCGUACUUGUCUUUACAAUACCCAGUGUUGUUCCCUUAUGGUGAAGAUGGUUACAGAUUAGGCAUCGAUAUAGGGUUCGUGGAUACCCGUGGACGUAAAAGAAAAAUGGUCACCAUGAGAGAAUUUUAUGCAUAUAGAGUAUUUGAAAGAUAUGAAGAAUCUUCGAUUGUUGUUAUGGCAGGCAAAUUAUUCCAGCAGUUUUUAGUCGAUGCAUUCACUAUUAUAGAAUCAAACAGGUUGAACUACAUUUGGAUCAACCAAAGCAAUCUCCGAACUGAAAGAGUUGAUAAGAUAACUGAAGCUGCUGAAAAAGGACAUGGAGAUCUUGCACAACACGGAAAGAGAAUUUUUAUUCCGUCAUCGUUUACAGGUGGAAAGAGAUAUAUGAUGCAACAUUAUCUAGAUGCCAUGGCUACUUGCAAGUAUUAUGGAUUUCCUGAUCUUUUCAUAACCUUUACGUGCAACCCAAGAUGGCACGAAAUAGAUCGUUAUCUACAAAGGCAUCGACUUAGUAAAAAAGAUAGACCUGAUAUAUGCAGCCGAGUUUUCAAGAUGAAACUUGAUAGAUUAUUGGACCAAGUGACAAAGAAAAAAACGUUUGGUAUCGUAAAUUCUGCUAUGUAUACAAUAGAAUUUCAGAAAAGGGGUUUGCCUCAUGCGCAUAUGAUUCUGUUUUUACAUCGAGACAAUAAGAUACGUACAACAGACGACAUUGAUAAAUUCAUAAGCGCUGAAAUUCCUGAUAAAGAGGUGGAUAAGUAUUUAUACGAAGUUGUUUCUGAUGUGAUGAUUCAUGGUCCUUGUGGUCCUAUGAACAGAGAUAGUGUCUGCAUGAAUAAUGGAAAAUGCACUAAAUUCUUCCCAAAGCCAUACAUGGAUAAUACUAUUGUCGACGAUGCUGGUUAUCCACUAUAUAGACGACGAAACGAUGGGAGAGUUGUGGAAAAGGGGGCUUUCAAUACGAUAAUAGUUAUGUUAUUCCCUAUAAUCACACGUUCAGUAAAGUAUUUGUUCAAGUACACCACUAAAGGUCCAGAUUAUGUUAGAGCCAACGUAGGAGGAGAAGAUCAAGAAAAUGAAAUCAAAAAGUAUUUCAAUUGCAGAUACGUAUCUGCAUGUGAGGCCUCUUGGCGAAUAUUUGCUUUCCCGAUUUGUUAUCGUACUACACCUGUAGAAAAGCUCCCGUUUCAUCUUCCAGGACAAGAAUUGGAUAUUUACAACCAGGAUGAUCCAAUAGAAGAUGUCUUGCACCGUACAAUGAACAUAACUUCUAAAUUUUUGGGCUGGAUGGAAUGCAACAAGAUAUAUCCCCAAGCUAGAGAACUCACGUAUGCUGAAUUUCCAUCUAAAUUUGUGUGGAAUAAGAAAGAAAAACUUUGGAAGCCAAGGUCGGAGAAGCGGAAAAGUUUUGCAAUAGGCAGGAUCACAUACGUACCACCAUCUGUAGGACAAGCCUAUUACUUGAGAGUUUUGCUUAAUAAGAUUCCAGGACCAACAAGCUUUGACUAUUUAAAAACAGUCAACAGUGUUCUUUAUAAGGAUUUUCAGGAAGCUUGCUAUGCAUUGGGAUUACUAGACGACGAUAAGGAAUACAUUGCGGCUAUAAAUGAAGCAGGUCUAAUGUUGCGAUCGAAUGGGACGUCUCUUACAGCCUUCGAGAAAAUGCCUAAACCAGAUGAUAGUAUCAUGAAGACAGGAGAAUUGUACGAUAAGUUGUUACCAAUGCUAACUGAUGAGCAAAGACGUGUUUAUGAAGAAAUCAUUCACUCUGUGAAUCACGACAAAGGUGGUAUGUUUUUUGUCUGUGGUUUUGGUGAUACUGGAAAAACAUUCAUGUGGACUAUUCUUGGUGCUGAUAAGAGCUAA